AUGGCUGCUACAGGAGAACCUACUACGAUACAAGCAGCGUCUGGACAUACCUCAUCUGAACAUGUGGACACUCACGACGCAGACGAUACCGAGAAGGAAAAGGACAUCAAGCCAGAGGUCGCGGACCGAGAGUCAGAGCGAGCACCUAUGCGAAGGUCACGUCGCACAAACGCACAAGAAGUGUCUGAACAGCCAGCACAUAAGGAUGAAGAACGCGCGCAAGAAGAUAUGGAUGUCGUUAGAGACGAAGAACUGGCAUCUGCGGGUCAGAUGGAUAGUCAUGAUGGCGGUGAUGAGGGAGUGACGCGGUGUGUGUGUGGAAGCACGGACGAGAAUCUGGGGCUUAUGAUUCAAUGUGAAACGUGCAAAUCGUGGCAACAUUGUGCGUGCAUGGGCAUGCACACGGAAGAAGAUUGUCCCGACGUCUACUAUUGCGAACAAUGCCGACCGGAAAACCACAUUGAUUUGCUCCGCUCCCUUGGAUUUCUUUCAUCGAACAAGAUUGUGAAGCGUGGCGCAUCGCGCGGUGGGGGGCGGCACGUGUUUUCCAAAGAGUCGGCACAAGAGCUCCGUGAAGCGCGCGACGCGAUUCGGGCGAUGGCUCUGGACAAUGCAGCUCGGUUACGCGGAGAUGCUGUGCCUGCGCGGGAGCGACGAUCUGGAGCAAUAGGUCGCUCUUCGCCAGAAUGGCGCACUACACCGAAAAGGCGUACCAUGAAUAGUCGUGAUUUUGGCGAAGAUGGGUGGGAGCCCAUUCCGCCAGAGCUCUUACGUGACGAGGCGGUCGGCAUGGAUGAUGAGUCGGAAGACUCACGAAAACGGAAGCGCCACAUGGAGCAAAGCGAAGAGACGUCUGAGUCAUUGUCCGCGAAUAGCCACCCGUCCGAGCUGUCGAAGCGCCGCCGUAUGCAACAACUUCCUGAGUCUCCGAGAAAGGAUCGUCGGUCGGACGAGGCGAAGCGCGAGCCUGUUGGAACGGAGCGAACUCGUAAGGAGCGCGGUGGGGUGGCGUCUCGCGAUGCAGACAUCAAGCCGAAACACCCGAACCAAUAUACCUACCGGAACAGACAAGAGGCGGCCUCGGCCACCGAUGUAGAGUCUGCAAAGGGAUCUGCAGCGAUCGUAUCAACUGAACCGGCUGGACCGGCAACAGCAGCAUCUGGGCCAUGGGGAACCAACGGAGCAACGGCCGGCGUCUCAUCUGCAAGAGGCAUGAGCCCAAAUCGCGCGAACGGCUCGACAUCGUCUUCUACAAAUGGCGCGUCAUCGUCGGCAUCCACUUCAUCAACCUCAUCCGCUACAAAUUCGCAAAUGCCCCUGAGUGCAGUGCCAUCUCGUACAAGAGAAGGACGACGUGCUGCUACUCGUGCGGAGAAUGCUAGUCGAUCUGGCACUCCAUCACAAGAAAACGCCGGUCGUGGAACCGCACAAAACAAUACACUCCCAGAGCAUCUUGCGCAUCUGGCGUAUCUAUUACCACCAAGUGCCGACGACGACACUGAUGCAGAGCGGCCACAGCUUCCAUGUGCGCCGAAAAAAGGGAUGCCCGAGCCGUUCCAGUAUGUGACGGCCGUUGAUCCAGCUAUAAGAAUCCGUUUCCCGCAAAAACGCAUGACCAUGGGUGAGAUGCGGAAACGUGUUCGGACGACUGGUGAGUAUGUGACGCGUAUUCAGCUUGAGGCCGUAGAGCGUGAGAAACGCGUCGGGUUUCUUGCCUCUGUGGGACUGUCAUCGUCGACAUCGACAUCGACUCCCGAACAAAGGGAUGACCACAUUUCAGAGCUUCCUUUAAGCAUGCAACUAGUUGAUCAGCUCACGCGCGAUUUGACAUCGUUCCAACGUCGAUUUGGUCAUAAUGCCAUGAUCUCUCGGUCUGACGAGGUAUCCGACAUUUAA